AUUCCGCCAGACUUGACUCUGUGUCGUCCCAGAGUUUGAAGGUAGUGAAGCAUUCUUUUUAGCAAAACGUCAUUGGAAUUCAAUUUAAGAGCUAUUAAAAGAUUAAACAUAAUGUCAGAAAGCCAAGAAUCAGCAACAGCAGCAGCAAACACUGAGACAGCAGCAAGCACUGAGACGAAUCCCCCUGAAGCAGCAUCGAAUGCAGUUGGUGCAGAAGCAGCACCAGCAGCAGCUGACAAGACAAAAGAGGAAGCAGCAACUGGUGAAGCACAAGAAGCUGCCAAGGCACCGCCACCAAACCAGGCCCUCGUUGAAGCAAUGGAAAAAUUCCGUGCCCUCGGCCAAAAAGCCUUUGUGCUUGGUGCUUCAGGUGAGGUUGGAAAGGAGGUCGUUAAAGAGCUUUGUAAGUCAAAGAUAUUUAGCAAAGUGGCUGUGAUUGGUAGAAGAGAAUUGAAGUACGAGGACGACUUGUACAAGGAAAUUGAUCUUGAGCAAAAGAUUGUAAACUUUGAUGAGUUGGAAAGCAAGCAUGAGGAUGAUUUUAAAGGAUAUGAUGUUGGAUACUGUUGCCUUGGAACAACUAAGGGCAAAGCUGGUGUAGAAGGAUUCAAGAAGGUGGAUCAUGAUUAUGUGGUGAGCUCUGCAAAGCUAGCUAAAGCCGGGGGCUGUAAGCACUUCAACCUUGUCACCUCCCAGGGAACCAACAAAAACAGUAUGUUCUUGUACCCAAAGACAAAGGGUCUGUGUGAAGAACAUGUUCAAGAGCAAGGGUUCCAGCGAUUUUCAGUCUAUAGACCAGGGAUGUUGCUGUGUGACCGUGAAGAGAAGCGUACCUUUGAAGCUGUCUUUCGCAAGCUGGUGAAGCCAAUGGAGUACUUCGCUCCGACUUGGGGCACGGCUCCGACAGUCAGUGUUGCCAAGGCGAUGAUCAACAAUACGGUGACCGCUAGUGAUAAAGCAUCUGAGAUCCUCACCAAUAAGGAUAUUCGUAUUCUUGCUGGCGAUGUUAAGAAAUAAAUUAAGAUUUAUUACUCAAUCGGUUGUGAAGAUGGAUGAGUUGGACCAAGAAUACAAGAUUGCAUAAACAUUGUGUAAUAAAAAAUAUAUUAAAAGGAUAUUAAACUACCAGGCAAUUUCCUUCCCAUGUGAAAUGCCCAGGUUUAAGGUCAUGGAAGUUCAAAGGUCAUGUGUCACACUUGAAUUCAAUGUAUUCAUAUGGUAAUUUAGUAAAAAAAACCCUCUGGCCUUUAGAUAAAAUAUGGUACUGGUAAUGUUUUGUUCAAGGACACCCUUGAUGGGAACUAAUUAUUAUGUUUCUUUGAAUGUUUUGGAGUCAUGUGUGGUAGUUAACAUAUAUUACAUUUACACUUCUAGGCAUGUGCAGUUAAUCUGUUUUAGAGUAUAGUGGGUAUAUGUUAGAAAAAUAUAUCACCAAUACCAUCAAUUUAAUGAUUUUUAAUAAUUAACUUAAUUUGUAUGUAUUACAUGUGUGUAUUUAUAACUAAUUAAAGAAAAUAGAAUAUUAUUAAUUUAAUAAAAGGAUAUAUAUAUUGUUUUAUUUCUUCAGAUUUUAUGUAAUUAAAAUUUAUAUAAUGCACCAGAUAUUUCUUCCUUUACUCCUUUUUAGUGUUUCAUGUACCCUUAUUUAUCCUGAUUACAACUCAUUUACAACUCUUCUGUCAUUUGCAGUUGUAUUUUUUUGCACCCCACUUGAAUGUUUAGUCCUUGACGGCCUUUAUACUUAACUUAAUUUUGAAUUAGUUUCAUCUGGUUUAUAUAUGUUUGAUCAAUAUUAAUCUAAUCAUGUUUGUUUCUUUGUUUUGUUUUAAAUAAUUCAUUGUACUAGUAACUUUAUUAUUAUAAUAAUUAUUGUUAUUAUUAGAUAUUUUUUAAAUUUUUAUCAUUAUAUUAUUAUUAAUACAGUAGUAAUGUAAUAGUACCGGCAUUAUUUUUGUAGUGUAUUUCAGUCACUAGAAUGCUUAUUCAUUUACACCUGUUUGCUUUGAUUAGUGAUUGUGCAUUCAACAUGUAGUCAAACCUGUACUAAUAGUAUACACACUUGACAAUCAAUUUAUGAUCUUUGAUUAUAUCAGCAUUUUUUGUUUUGUAUUUUUAUAAAAAUGUUUAAUACAACUCUCAUAAGGUCAGCUGAUAGAUUUGCAAAGUAGUUGAAGUUUUAUCUGCAUGAAAUUUCAAGUCGUUCCCAUGUUAUUAUUGAAUGUGAUCAUGGUAUAGUACUGUAAUAGUAUAUAGAGCAAUGUUGAUUUGUGUAGAUAAAUAAUAAUAAUGUUAAUUUGAAAUAGCAUGUGUAUUUUUCCAUCUCUACAAAAUGUAAUCACUUUUAAAAAUGAGGUGCUAUUCUUAAUUAAGAGGGUUAUGAACUCGAUCACAUUCCAUAGUGAUCUGACUUAUACAACUUUAUAUUUUAUCUUUAAUUUUACAAUGCCUGGAUGUGAAUCCCAUGUCCUGAAGUAAAAUAAUAAACAUGCAUAGGCCUAUUCAUAUUUGUGUUGCAUAAUUUUCUCUGAUGUUCUGAAUAUAGCCAAGUUGCAUGUCGUGUUAAUAAAUACAUGUAGCGUAGUUAAUAUUGUUUAAAAUGUAAACCUGAAAUAUUGUAUGGCAGUUGGUACGUACGACAAUCGUUGCUCAGACUUGAGACUGGAAUCAAAACCCUCGGGAAGACAUUUGGUUUAUAUUGUUGUUUGCGAAAAUUUGCAUCCCCCACAGUUCUGCACAAUCUUCUCCAAAUGCCAAUGGGGAGGGGGUGGGGCAGUUGAGCUCUAUGGCCUGUGAGAGAUACAAAGCAUGAUUGUGUUCUCGUUUUAAAAAAUAAUUUUUAUUAUCAUUUAUAAUCAUCAUAUGCUAUAUUAUAUUGCUGUAAUAUUACUUGAAUCACAUACAUUCAAUGCAUUUACAGUUUUGGUUAUUUUUUUCCCGAACUUGUAUUAAUUUCAUUGAUGAUGAAUAUUUAGUUAUUCUUUUUUUCAAUUCCUCAGUGAAACAAUGUAUUUAGGGGGAAAGAUAGAAAAAAAUAAAGAAUGAGAGAACACCACAAAAUAUGAUACAUGUAACAUGGUAUUAUAUAACUAAACAUAUUUUUCUACCGGUUUGAUAAAGUAUAUUUUUUCCUGAAAGAAUUGGCAGAUGGUAAUACUGUACUGAUUUAUAAACCCACUAUCAGUUUAAUAAUGUAAUUAUUGUCUGAGUUAUUUCAACCUUAUACUACUCAUCCCAUUAUAUUUUCUAUAUAUGUGUAUCAUUUUUAAUUUAUUCAUCAAUAUAGUACUGUGUACUGAAAUCAAACCUUAUUUACUUCCAUCAUUAUAUACAUGGUAUCGUGUUGGAAUGUAUAUGAAUAUACUAUAAAUGUGGUAAAACCA